GCAGGAGGGUUUGGGUGUUUGGCCUGGAAACAGUCUAACUCAAGUUUCACUAUCUCAUGGUUACCAAAACUUUUGGCUGACCCUGAUUUUCUUCCUGUCUUGACUGAGGUUAGCCGUCAUGAAGACAGUACUUAGGCAGUACUUAGAGAACACUUUCUGGUACAAAACAGAUUUACACUGAGCAGCACAAGGAUUUAUUUUUGCUUGAUUUUAAACACUUUUUCGGCUUUUUCUUUUUUGGCUAAGCUUCCAAAGAUAAACCUCUGACAAAUAUACCUUUGUUUUAGAUGUCCACUUUCUCCACACUCCUCCAGCCAUAAUUAUUUGACCUUUGAAAUUGUGAUUUAUCCAUUUUUCUUAUUUCAUAAUGCACAUUUUUCUCUGUAAAUUGUUCAACACUUUGUUCAUUUGUUAUAUAAUUGGGUUUUUGUAUAAUUGCUUUGUUAGCCCCUGGAUUGUUUGAUUGUGAUUUAAUCAAAAUAUAAAAGUACACCUUGAGGUUUGCAUUAAUCAUGCAAAUUGAGAGCAGUUUUGUUGUACACUGAAUUACCAUUCAGAGUUGCUCUGAAGGUGAGGAAGCACCAGAGUAAAGGUUUGAAAAGGGAGCGUUCAAUGGACGUGAUGGAGCAGAAGAAUAUGUGAGUGAGUCAAGACUAUAGAGUAUAUAUACAUCCACUACAGGUCUUUCACUUUCUGGAAUUAACAGUAAAUAGGUCAGAACCAAGGGCUGUUAGAGGCCCUGUGUCUGACCCUCACACACUGUGCUGUACCACACCAUCUUCCUUCCUGUGCCAGAGGGCUGAGGGCAGCGCGCACACAGGAAGCAGGGCAACCAUGCAAAGCUAAAUAAUGCAGUGGCUCAGUCUCCACAUUAUGACCCAGUAAAUGGCUGGUUAUACAAACACUCAGACCCUCUCGGGCUGCCCCGGCAGACAGCAGAGUGAAUUGAAAUGCCCUUGCAACUAUUUUAUUGCCAUCACAGAAGAGGUCAAUUCACAAUGUAAACUCUGCAAAACUGUGUGCAUGCCAGGUGUAUAACCUGGUCAAGAUUUUAUCAUUCAGGGGAAAUGUAUCCUCUGAAUAAAGUGAAUCAAAUCUGGUGGCAUCUACUAGCCUACUGGUGUGCAUGCUACAUGGGUUAUCUAAGCAAAGUGUGGCAGGGUGAAAUAAAUGCAUUAAAGAGCAAUGGAAGACACUUGUCAUGCAACUCCACAGACUGAGUGUCUCUUCUGGCAUAGGCCUGUGUGUGGCAUCAAAGAAUAAUACAAUUAGAGUCACUCUUUACACCAGAAAGCCACACAAUCACACACAUCAACAUCUUUAGUCAUCAGAUAGGCUCUCUCCCAAUCAUCUGAAUUUAUAAACGAGUCCAAUAACUUCACGCAGUGUGACAAAUCUGCAGUGUGUCAGCAGCCCUACAACUGCACAAUCUAACUUCUCCACACGUUUACUGCAUGUCAUGGGCAGAGGAGAUGCCAAACAUUCAUGUCACAUACUCAAAGUAGGCAACUAACAUCCCCUGACAGCCCUCUCGGCGUCCCACCCUACCUUCGGUGUGGCAAGUGGAGGACAGGAUGGUGCUCGGAGGGCGGAAGAGGUACGGCAGAUAACGGGAAAAACAUUUCAUCUUCUUCUCCGAUGCUUGCCAGCGGCUGAAGAGCGUUGCGUUGCAGGCUCCACAUCCGCACUGCCGCCGCGACAGUCAGCCAGAGAGGAACCAGGGGAGUGCGGGAGGAGAGAGAGCCUCUCUGUCCGCGGCGCAGGGGGCUAUGACAGCAUCACUUUUCGCAGGCAGACAGCGCAGGCGGGCGGGCAGACAGGCAGCGGGCUCCGGUGAAACUGCGCGCCGCCCGGGGAGCAAACAGCGCACGGUGUCAGCGCUGCCUCCGCUUCCGUGUCAGGAGUCCACUCCGUGAGUGUGUGAGUGAGAGCAGGACGGGGGGUCGCCUCCUCCGUCCUCUUACAUGGGAGGUCAGUAAAUGUGUGGUCUGCGGGUGUAAACAUCCAGUCUCAUACUCCCCCCUGUGCGUGUUUGGUUCUUGGCAUAAACAGAGCAGUUCCCUUCAACUGAGGAGAGAUGUUGUCCCCGUGGUUCCUAAAGGCUACUUCAUAUCUCUAAGCCCACAGAAGAUUUUUAUGUCACUUUGUUCCGCUGCAGUAGCUACUUGGGUCAGCAUAUGCUAUUGUUGGCAGUGUAUUCCAUGCAACAGAUAACAGAGAAGUGAUGAACAAAGGCUAAAACUUGAUGAAUCAUAGACAAAGUUGCCUCAAACAACUCACAGGAUCAUUGACUAAUUGGGUUUGGCGCCAUCUGGUGAUAUUUUUUUGUAUGAAAAGCAAACGAUCACAAGUACAAGUACACAAUAGAGAAUCAUUUAACAUAUGACACCAAAUUAUUUCGUCCGAAAUAGCAAACAUUUGAAUAAUGAUACCAAACAUUUAAAAAGAAAAAACAAUGCGGCUUUAAAGCGUAACCACUACCAUUCUGAUUCUAAUUUAACCCACAAACCUACAAUUAUCACGUAAAAUACUUUUUACAUCACCUAACGUGUGUCUGUUCAAUAUUUACUUCGAAAACGUAUUUAUCUACUGCUUUCGUAUACUUUUCACUGACAUCUCGCGAGACUUGGGUGUGAACUAAUGCCAGCGGAAGUACUUGUCGAGUCUCUUUUCCGCCGGCCAUAGAGGAGCAAACGGCAGGGUAAGGUUUCCUGGCGAAUAUUAUCACUAAAGUUAUCAACAUCCAUCCUCCUUGCUGUACCAAAGUGUACCCUGGUUGCAGAUUUUACAGUUCGACAACAGUAUAACAAUUAAAAUUAUGUGAUUAUUAACGACAAUGUGACAAUAGAUGACUGAUUAAAACAUCCCCGUACUUGGUCCCCGUUAGCUCCGAUAGUAUCCGCAUGUCGGCAACCGAGACCCGAGGUUCCUCAGUCCUGUUGUUACCGAUUUAUACUGUGAUUUUUGGUGGUUAAGAGGAUUUACUGUUGUAGGUAACACGACUGAUUCUAUGUGAUGAGUUUUGACGCUCAGGGUAACUAAAGCUUCAGUAUGUGUCAUGUUGUGCUUACUGAAUACUGUUUUGAAGCUAACUUAGCAUUUAGCUCUUAACAUUUGACACAUCUCGCCAGCUUCAUCACCACACUUAAUGUGUUGUAAACUGUAGUCACACAACCAUUAUGUUUAUUUUGAAGUUGUAUGCUGUUCGUCACGUGUUUAUAUUUGUCACUGCUAAUGAGUAGCAUGCAUCUGCCGACAUUCAUGCGAGAUAUGCAUUCAGUAUUACGCUUUUAGCUGGCAAGCAGAUGUGUUUGUGUGCCUGCACCUUUAGGCAACAGCAGUUUUGCGAUUCUGUGUUGUAGACUGUUAAUAGUUGUCCUCUAUUAACAGCAUCAUGAAGCUGAACCCAUUUGUCACAUCCUCCCGCCGCAAGAACCGCAAGAGGCACUUCAAUGCCCCCUCACACAUCAGGAGGAAGAUCAUGUCCUCCCCUCUGUCCAAGGAGCUCAGACAGAAAUACAAUGUGAGGUCCAUGCCCAUCCGCAAAGAUGACGAAGUCCAGGUACGCUUUGUCCACACAGUAUCUUGAUAUGGGUGUGAAAUCUUAAAUCUGCUUUCAACUGAUGCGUGUAUAUUUCUCAAACAGGUGGUCCGUGGACACUACAAAGGCCAGCAGAUUGGCAAAGUGGUGCAGGUCUACAGGAAGAAGUACGUCAUCUACAUCGAGCGUGUGCAGAGAGAGAAGGCCAACGGAACCACAGUCCAUGUCGGCAUCCACCCCAGCAAGGUGAGACACUGUUUAUGUAGGUUGUUUCUGUGAAGGUUGUCAUUGACUCCAGGAUUAUUCAAAAUGUAAUCAAAAAGGAAAUUGGACCAUGGUGUUUGAGAGAAGGUUAUGGUUAACACCGUCCCUGCAUUCGCUGCAUUUAUGCAUCAUUGACAGUGUUGGAUUGAUGCAUCAGCUAUGUCAUCUGUUCUUAAUCUGUUCUGCUCAUCCCAUUCAGUGUAAAGAGAACUGUAGCAUGGUGGUGCAGUGUCUAAUGCUGUUGUCUUAAUGCAAGAAGGUUGUCCUAAUCAGACAAGGCAGGGGUCUCUCUGUGUUAAGUUCUCAUGUUCCCCUUAGUGCAUGAGUGGGUUCUCUAGGUACUACAGCUCCCUCUAACAGUGGAAAAACAUGCUCAUCAGGAUAGUUGGUUACUCUACUUAAAGUUCCUGUAGGUGUAAAUGUGCUCAUGAUUGCUUUAUCAGUAAUAAUAAUUAUAAUAAAAUUUAUUUUAACACGCUUUUACAGGUGCUCAGAGACGCUUGCAUGUUAGACCUGUGAUAUGCUGGCAACUUGCCCAAGGAGUAUAUCCUCUGUAAGACAUCUUGGUCAGUUGUGCAUGUCCUCAAAGGUUGCUAAAUGCAAAUAAACUGUAUAUGACAUAAAUGUAUUUACUCAGUGGGGUGAAAUGGCAGUGUAGAGGCAGGGUAGAUGUAACAGAGUACAGUGUAGCUGGCAUCACAAAUGAACAACACAUACUCACUCUUCAAUCAAGCUUGUUUCAGUGGCCAUAGGUCACACUGUCUCAUCCUCACCUCUGAUUUAUUGUAUCCAACUUUAUGUCUUUGACUGUUUACAUUACUCUUUUGAUGUGUCCAGCGUCAGAUUCCCCAUGCAAUUAAAGAGAUAUUCCUUGAAGUCACAGUCCUAAAAUGACUUGCAUGCUCUUAAAACCAGGGCAUCAUGUUUCAAUAGAAGUGACUAUGGCAGCAAAAAACUUAAGGCCUCUCAUCCCACAGACUUUUGUACAGCUUAUAAGGUUUCUAAAUGAGACAUGAGAUUUUUAAACAUUAACCCCCCUCCGUGGUUGCACAGCACGAGAUACCAGCAUGUUUCCUGCGGAUGUUAUUUAAUGAUGUCUUUUCUAUUCUUUUGAUGCACUUAAUCGUGGCCUUCGUUUAGACUCGAGGUUUAGUGUUUAUAAAAUGUAAAAAGAGAAGACUGAUGCACCAAAGAGCUAGAGGGAUGCAAUUUUGCAAGACUGAUGUUUACCACAGAUAAAAUUUUAAAAAAGCAGAUCAGCCCCUCAGCUGUUUGUUUCUCCACAGCUGCAUCUUUGGGGCCUGUUUAUAGAUCAACCUGUUGCAUCUAACUAAAAUUCUUAAGGCAUCAGGAACUUUUUGAAUUGAGAGCAACACUGUGCACAUUUACAGACGUGAUACACUGGCUUAAUUGAUAGAAUUUCUAGACACGCCAGGAUGUAAUAACAAGUGUCUCAUGCAUUGAACGGUCAAGGAAGGUAGACUUGUCAACAAAAAGCUACACCUGUAAUAUCUUUUAUUGUAUAGAAUAUAUUUUAGCCAAAUGCCACUUUAGAGGAGAGAAGGAGAAGGGAAAAAAACCAUUUCAAAUUGCCAUAAAACUAAUUCGAGUUCCCAAUCCUGGUCUGUGUUAACUAACGAUGAAAUUACACAUAAUGAUUUGGCUACCAUUGCAGGAUGCUUACAUAGGCUGCUAGAGAACUGGUAGUUCCAGUGUGUCGCCCCAAAUAUUGAAUCUGAAACCUCACUGUCCUUCCACUAACUCCAUCAGAGCUGUCUUCUCAGUUUGUUUUCAUGGAGCACGUGUGACACCCUACUACCCCAGGGAAAACCUGUGGUAUUCCUUUUUAGAAUGAUGUCAGUCACACUCAGUCUGACCUGAAUGUUUAGACUGUGUUUGCGUUGCAAAACAUCCUAUCCGUCUGUUUUUUUACCACAUAUGGAAGUGGUACAACUGUGAUUGGAAAAGAUCAGAUUUGGUGUGACUUGUAGUGUUCCAACUACCGGUAAAAUGUCAGACAUGAAUAACACGUGAGCCAAAAGGUCUGAUUUGAGCACAACUGCUUUCAACUGUGAGAACAUAGCCUUUACUGCUCUGAUCUCAGUACUGACAGAGUAACAAGUGUACGUUUGCAUGGCUCGAGCCCUCUGGAGUAAAAGAAAGUGUGUUGGGUUCAGUUGAGUAAAGCAGAAAUGUGUGUGUAUGCUAGUACUUACAAAAGAUGUUCUUGUUGCUAUUGGUGUGAAUGUGACAGCAUCACAGUCUGUUAAGUUUAGUCACAGUUUUUCAGAGGAGAUCGUCACCUGCUUCUUUAUUUCACAGCUGAAGUACCAAAGGAAUGUUGUUUUAAAGUGUCUCAGAUAUUGUGAGGCUGGCCUUGCAGGUACUCUGUCAUGUAGGUGGGAGUUGGAGAAAAAAAACUUAACUGUUUGGUGAAGCCUGUUGAAACUGAAUCACAAUAGCACAACCUUUUCCCUACUCCUCUUUCAGCUUUCUAAUUUGCCUCACAUGUUUUGUGUAUUUGACAUUAGUGUGCACCUGUCAGAUUUGUCGGUAGCCAUAGUCAUUGUGCUGUCAGUACACUGUCAAGGCAGUCUCACAGAUGUGACUAAUGAAAACUGCUCAACAGUUUUUUUUUCUACCCCCAAAGACUACAUGUGAAGUAGUGAAAAAGCUUUAAUACUUUUAAAUGACAUUCCUUUCAGCUGGUGGUCUGUUUUCAGAAAUGUAAUGUUGGUGUAGCAUCUGCAUUAAACAGCACACAGGUCCAGGUAGAACUUUUGUAGUUGUGUUCCAUUCAAGGCCUAAAAAUAAGAUCCUACCUUUUUUUUUAAAUUUAAUUUGCAAAAUGUCUGCAAACCUGGUGUCAUUCUGUCAUCUUAGGUUAUUUGUGGAUUUUUGAGAAGAAAACGUCUCCCUCUCCUGGAAUGAGUCUGUAAUGUAAGGUGGACAGAGGCAGGGGAAGACUUUGAAUUCUGUCUAGAUGCUCUGUUUACGUGGGCACCAUAUCCUCAACUAUGUGCAGCUCAACUACAUUAGUUAUGGUUUUCCGCUGAAUCCUUGUAGUGUUGCACACAGCACAAUAGGAAAACGAUUGCCUCAAUGUUGGCUGUGGUGUAGCAGGUGACAAUGAGGUCUUGUUGGUCCUCUAGUGACACACCUUCUCUCUGCUGCAUGAUUCGGAUGCUAAAAUAGGAUGUGCUGCUGCCUCUAGUUUCAACAGCCUUUGAUCAAACCUUUUCACCAAACUGGUUUGUUUUGAGGUUGAUUCUGCCAAACGCAGUCAGCUCCAAACAACUGACAUCUGUUCCUCUUGGGGAGCUAACGCUUCAUUAAUGUCUGCAGCAAUGUUGUGAAUGUGUCUGUGGAAAGUAAGAGGAGAGUGAGAGCGACUAGAGUUUAUGGGGUUUAUUUUUGUUCUUGGUAUCAUCUUAAACCUCAAAUUCAAAUCAAUAAAAAUCAGCCCUAGGAAAUCGUAAUGUCAGCGCAUUGUUUUCAGGAAUCCAUCUUUUUUUUAUGAAAUGGAUGCCACUGACAGUACUUGUUUACCAACUCAGUUUUAUUUGUAUUUCCAGGUGGUUAUCACCAGGUUAAAGCUGGACAAGGACCGCAAGAAGAUCCUGGAGCGCAAGGCCAAGUCUCGCGCCGAUGGAAAGGAGAAGGGCAAAUACAAGGAGGAGACCAUUGAGAAGAUGCAGGAGUGAAAAUGAUCUUUUGCUAUCAAUAAACUGUAUAAAUGGACCCUUCCUUGUGUGUGUCUCAUCUUUUAGCCCUGACCCGUG